GUCGUCGCUCUCGUCAGUCUGCGACUGCGCGACCUUCGGGCGUAGGGAAGGGUCGCGAAAAGCUGCCGCUUUUCGUUCGCGCUCGUAGCACUGCGAUCAGCUGAUCAGCGCCGUCGCGAAAAACACCGCAGCGCUGUCCCGUCCAGUCAAAAAAAGAGAACUCUAUUGAAGUGUUCAGCGAGGCGAAGCUAGCGACAAACCCAAUGUCGUGCCCUAUGAGUGACCAUGAUCGGCGAAAGCAGAUCAGUGUCCGAGGCAUCGCUCAGGUCGAAAACGUUGUCAACCUGAAGAAGGCGUUCAACCGGCACGUCCACUACACCUUGGUCAAGGAUCGUAAUGUGGCUACGCCGAGGGACUACUUCUUUGCUUUGGCCUACACCGUCAAAGACCAUCUGGUCGGUCGAUGGAUCCGUACUCAGCAACACUACUACGAAAAGGACCCGAAGAGGGUGUACUACCUCUCCCUGGAAUACUACAUGGGCCGUUCUCUCACCAACACUAUGGUAAACCUGGGCCUCCAGAAUGCCUGCGAUGAGGCUCUCUAUCAGAUGGGUUUGGACAUUGAAGAACUGGAGGAGCUCGAGGAGGACGCUGGUCUGGGCAACGGCGGCCUUGGUCGUCUGGCGGCUUGUUUCCUCGACUCCAUGGCCACCCUGGGCAUGGCGGCCUAUGGAUACGGCAUCCGCUACGAGUACGGUAUCUUCACCCAAAAGAUCACCAAUGGAGAACAGACUGAAGUUCCAGACGACUGGCUUCGCUUCGGCAACCCGUGGGAGAAGGCUCGGCCGGAAUACAUGAUUCCCGUCAACUUCUACGGUCGUGUUGAGAAGACUGACAAGGGCUACAAGUGGGUUGAUUCACAGGUUGUGUUUGCAAUGCCCUACGACAAUCCCAUUCCUGGAUUCCGCAACAACGUCGUCAACACCAUGAGGCUCUGGUCUUGCAAGUCUCCCAUAAACUUCAACCUUCGCUUCUUCAAUAACGGAGACUACAUUCAGGCCGUCCUCGAUCGGAACCUGGCAGAGAACAUUUCCAGGGUGCUCUACCCCAACGACAAUAUGUUCGAGGGCAAGGAGCUUCGACUGAAGCAGGAGUACUUCAUGGUGGCAGCAACACUGCAGGACAUCCUUCGCCGCUACAAGUCAUCCAAGUUUGGCAAGACCAGCGUGGUGCGCACCCACAUGGACGAGUUCCCCCAGAAGGUGGCCAUCCAGCUUAACGACACGCACCCGUCGCUGGCCAUCCCCGAGCUCAUCCGCAUCUUCGUCGACAUUGAGGGCCUCGACUUUGAUAAGGCUGUUGACCUGACGACCAAGACGUGCGCCUACACAAACCACACAGUGUUGCCGGAGGCCUUGGAGCGCUGGCCUUGCUCCAUGUUGCAGAACUUGCUUCCGCGUCACUUGCAGAUCAUCUACGAUGUCAACGCCCGUUUCCUUGGCGAAGUGUCCAAGAAGUUUCCCGGGGACAACGACCGGCUGCGGCGCAUGUCGAUGGUCGAGGAAGAAGGCGAGAAGCGAAUCAACAUGGCCCACCUGUCUAUCGUGUGCUCGCACAAGAUCAAUGGCGUGGCGCAGAUCCACUCCGAUAUUCUCAAGAAACACCUGUUCAAGGACUUCUACGAGAUGUACCCUGAUCGUUUCUUAAACAAGACCAACGGUAUCACCCCGCGUCGAUGGCUGCUGCUCUGCAACCCGAGCCUGGCUGAUCUGAUUGCCGAUAAAAUCGGCGAGGACUGGAUCGUUCAUCUGGAGCAGCUGCAGAAGCUGAAGCCGCUCGUCAACGACAAGGUUUUUCUGCGUGACCUGCAGAAAGUGAAGCAGGAAAACAAGAUGCGCCUGUGCGAGUACCUGCACAAGCUCACAGGCAUCAAGCUCAACCCAGCCUCUAUGUUCGACAUGCAAGUGAAGCGAAUUCACGAGUAUAAGCGGCAGCUGCUCAACUGCCUGCACAUCAUCUGCCUGUACAACCGCAUCAAGGCUGACCCGUCAGCACCGUUCGUGCCCCGCACUGUCAUGAUUGGUGGAAAGGCAGCUCCAGGGUAUCACAUAGCGAAGCAGAUCAUCAAGCUGAUCAUUGCCGUGGGCAACGUGGUGAAUCACGACCCCGUGGUCGGGGACAAGCUGAAGGUCGUCUUCCUGGAGAACUACCGCGUCACCCUGGCCGAGAAGAUCAUCCCGGCCGCCGACCUCAGCGAACAGAUCUCCACAGCCGGCACGGAGGCCUCGGGAACCGGAAACAUGAAGUUCAUGCUGAAUGGCGCGUUGACCAUCGGCACCCUGGACGGAGCCAACGUCGAGAUGCGAGAGGAGAUGGGACCUGAGAACAUCUUCAUCUUUGGAAUGAACGUGGAGGAAGUCGAAGAGCUCCAAAGGAAGGGAUACAAUGCCUGGGACUACUACAACAAGCUGCCAGAAGUGAAGAAGGCCAUUGACCAGAUCAACAGUGGUUUCUUCAGCCCAUCCAAUCCUAACCUCUUCCAUGACCUCACCAAUGUGCUGCUCAACCACGACAGGUUCUACUUGCUGGCUGACUUCGAGUCGUACAUGAAGUGCCAGGAGCGGGUGUCUGCGAUGUACACGAACCAGGAAGAGUGGACCAAGAUGGCCCUGCUCAACAUCGCCUCGUCGGGCAAGUUUUCAAGCGACCGAACCAUCUGCGAGUACGCCCGCGAGAUCUGGGGCGUCGAGCCGACCUGGGAGAAAUUGCCCGCCCCGCACGAGACAAAAGGCGAUGAGGAGGUUAAGAAGUAGAGAGAAAAAGAAAAGAUGGCGGCCAGACGUGGGACAUCGGCGACGGAGAGAGACUGCUGCCCGCCAACCACAAGCAUGCUCUGCUGCUUCUUCUUGAAUCCAACUGACAAACCCAACCCCACCGACAUUUGCACUAGAUUUCCCAUUUAACCAACUGUUUUCAAAGUCCGUAGGCUUCAGAAUUCUAUUUCUUAGAACCAAGAAAAAAAAACGUAAUGUAACGCCAGCAAGCUGUUUAAGCCAGCCAUGAGGUGUUGACCCUGCCGCAAUAAUAUCGUGAAGAGGCACAAGCCACGGAAUUCGGGCAAAUUGGGCUACGCACCCUUAUGGUGUAGCCUGUAAUAUGCCUGAUAAAUGAGAGAACGGGUACAGAGAAAGAAAGAAAGAGUAACAGAGACUGAAAGAAAUAUAUGAAGAGAAAAUUUCUUGCUGAAAAAUUUUUCACAAGGCAGGACAGCCUGGCUAUGUCCCAUCAUGUCCAGAGAGUCAGGGGGGCAUCCCAAAAAUCUGUACUCCCAAGAGGGAAGCCCCACUUCUCGAAUCAAGACGUGUCUCUCGAUGGGGAGCACGAGAGCAGACAGGCCCGUGCUUAUUUGUGCCAAGCCUUGAGCGACAGUGCAAACGUUAAAUUUUUUGUCGUUCACUUUUUCAACAAAGUUUGCAAACCUUGGUGUGUUUUUUUCUCGGAAUAACGGUCAAUGCAUCUCUCUUAUGUUAAAUUCGUCAAAAGCAUUGCCACUGCUAUGUUCCUGUUGAGAAUGUGCUCAUAAUAUGCGUGACAUUUGCAACCUGUAAUUACAGCAGUCAUGUAGUGUUAAAAGUAAAGGUCCAUUGUUGGGUUACGACGUAUGCCUGAAAGGGCACAAACGUUUCUUUAGUGUCACAUGUCCAGCAUGAUUUAAAUGAGAUGGUUUCACUCAAAGGUAGACUCAAUGAAGCACGAAAAGACGAAUGUUUUUUGGAACCAUUUCUUCGUUGGGGCUUCAUCAGCGUUGAAUUCACAAGACCUCGCUUUGGAAUGUUUAAUACAAUGAUGCCCCUUGUCUAAACAUCAUUGAUAACUUUUUUUUUGUUAAAAAGAUUACAAAACUGCCUCCUAAAAGAGCUGCACGCAAUGCACAUUUCUUAAGGGGAUGCAAUGAGCGUGGGAUUUCCAAGUGUAGUCGGUCGGUGCAAGUGAGGAUUUGCCAGUGCAAGUCGGAGAAGUAUUUGAAUCGGAUGGGUGUAAGGAACUGUGCAUAUGAAAAGAUUGUUUUGUCUGCAACUGUUCGCUUUGUAAGUCAUUUUUACGAGGAUUUGGGGAAAUAUAUCGGGAAAAGCAAUGAGCUAGGGCUCAGAUUGCUUUUAGGUGAGUGACAAAAGUUGCAAUGAUACAUUGUCCUUGUUGAUCAUUUAAGGCAUUCUCGGUUCAAGUGAAAUGUUCAGAAACGAUAUCUAGUCUUAGCAUACCACAAGCGUUUGAUAGCUCGGCAUUAUGGCCCAGAGCCCAAGAACAGCUUGAGGCUGAGAAGUCCAGUGUAGUCUGCAGACUAUCUCAAGAUAGAACGGUCCAGUUUUUUAGACUAUAAAACAAGGCCUUGCUUAAACAUGCAAUGGAAUUGUGGUGUCAAGAGGCUCACUUGAAAUUCAGUGGCUUUAAUCUCUGAUUGUAUUUAGUACAUAGUGUAACUAAGAUCAUUUAUGCAAGCUCUUGUAGGGUGCUUGACCGUAGCAUCAAGACUGCUAUAGUCAAGAGAAUCCAUUAAACUAAUAGUUACCGGUGAAAGGAAUACAGGGAAUGUUCCAUUUGCAGAAUGCACAAUAAACACAGGAGAACAACUUUCAAGUUGACUGCCGGUCUCCUCACUGAAGUGUGGUGCGUUGCAUAGAAAGUUUGGUUGAGUCGUCGAGGGGCAUGUGACGUGCGGUGCCAAGCCUACUGUGCGUGUGGGAUUCUGAAACGUUUGCUCAGUGCUGCUGCUGACAUCCCAAUUCGUCAUCCACAGUGACUCAAACCCACAAUUCGCAAACAAGAAAGAAUUUCGAUUGUUAAGAAUAUUUUACUUCUCGAUUGUUGCGAUGAACUGGCCAAAGCCAAUAAUGGAGCUUUGUAUUAUUGGUUAAUUGCAGUGAUUUCGUGCCUCGUUUUUGGAUGUCUUGCACUUGUAUUGGGUGCUUUCAAUCCCCUCGACUUUUCGGAAACUGCGUUUUCCGUAGCUUUGAACAAGUGAUCACUAACAUAGUGGCAAGUUCUUGUGGGUGCCUGUCAGUAUAGUUUCGCUUUCGUACAGAUGUACUUGCAGUUUUCUGGGAGGCUUUCAAAAAAAAAAAAACGAUAUAAAGAGCAUAUUAAAAAUGGGCAAUCCCAUAGAUGGGACAACUUGGAAUAACGGUAGGCUUUAUUGUUCACUUUCUUUUUUUUUUUCUAGCACAGUUUGCCUGCACUGUUACGUUGUAGCUGCCAGUUCUGCUUGUGAUGGCGACUGUUGCAACGAGAGCUCAAGUCUUAUCACAUUGAUCAAAUUGACGUUCCUCUUAAGUUUGAGCACUGCGAAGAGUUAGUACGGACUGAAAGGUGCUGGUGCGGCUGGUAUCUGAAUAAGCAGGAUGUAUUGUAGAGACCAGUUCUGUUAAGUGAAAGCUAAUUAAUUGCUGUAUUACUGUUUUGGUUUCUAAAUGAGAUAGGUAAAGCACAGAACGAGAAAUAGAUGCUGCGAGUUCGUCAGAGCUAGCCUCCACAACUUACAGCUCAAAAUUAGACGAAAGUAAUAUUGAAAGUGCAUGGGCCAUUCGCUCCAAACUGCGCAACCCCAGUAGUUUACCCUGGCAUUUUAUCAGAGUUCUUCGCGACGGAAGUGGGAAGUUUUGAUGCCUUAAAAAGGUCGCGAGCUGCAGCAUUUAUUCAAGAGUCGAGCAAUAGCGAAUGUUGUUGAUUUGCGGGCAGCUGUCUAUUUGCUUCAGUGCGCCAGCCGUGCAGAGCCCAUGCAAGGAGACCCGCUCGCAUCGCGGUUAUCUCUCAAAAUUUUGCAUCCUCGACGACGGAUAGCGGGUGCAGAGUCGUCGUCUCUCGUCUCGCAAGCGUGUUAAACUGCCCAUAUGUGAUCUUACUCUUGUCUGCCAUAUUGCUUUCUAGAGAAGCCUGCUUUUUAUCACUCCCUGCAAGUCCCACCACAUGAAACUGUUUUUAACACAAAUUCCCCAGUUUCGUUUGUUUGUAUUUAAGCUCUUGUUACAGUCUUUCAACCUCUUAUCUUUUUUCCAUUGUUUAUUUACCAUUUGUGUGGAAUGUUAUGUGUUGCGCGUAAUUCAUAUCUUUUAGGUAGCAAUAAAUUUUUCGAGGUCUUUUGCAGUAGCCUGAAGAUUGUGCCGAAACCGCCAAAGCCUUGUCCACUGAAAGGUCUGAUCACGGUUUCCCAGAAUGGUUUUCCUCACAAUUUUCCACCAUGGCUUGGAACAUUUGAAUAUAUAUAUAUAUAUAUAUAUAUAUAUAUAUAUAUAUAUGUACCAGGUGCUUUAAUCUAGAGCAGCCAUGGUUACAAAUACACAUCAGGUGUAAAAGUGAAUUUAAAAGAUUUAAAAAUUUAUUGGUGUUGUUUUGUGCAUUACAAACUGUUCCUGUUCGAGUACGUGUUGUAGAUGUUUUCGGUAAGCCACAGUUGUGUUGAAAUGUGGCAGUCACACGAAUGUUCACGAUAACAAAUAAAGACAUGUUGAAACCUUGAA